AUGUCUAUUUACAGCGGGUGUCUGAUGGAACGGCAUUCGGAAGCUGACCCCGGCUUGCCCUGUGAGGCCCACCUCGUCAAACAUGCACACCAUGCGGCUCGGGACACGAUUGCAUGGGCACUGGACCUCAGACAAAUAAUCUGGCAGGUCAGCCAAUGUCAGGCCUCUACUCCGUACUGCGUAGAAUGCAGAUGCAGAUUAAAGGUCUUGCGGAAAGUGGAGUGUGUUGUCAACGGAAGCCGGAGGACGGAGCCGCGGUACAUACUACUGGGCGCCACUACAAGGUGUCGAGGUCGAGGGAACUCAACAUCCUUCAGCCACCUGGGCUGACAUCGCUUGAGAGCUUGACAGACGAGCGUAUCCGUACAAGUUACAACAUGUCUGAGACAUUGGGACUGUGCUCGUCGAUGAUCGGAUCAGUGAUCAGUGGCUUGCCAGACCCCCACUCCACGGAAGCCUGUCCCUCAGGCUCGGGGAUCUUUUGGAAACGUGACUCUGGUCGCACAUGGAAGAGCUGGCGUGCACAGCAACAAUUGAGCAAAUCCAAUCGUCUUCAGCGCCCCUGACGCCAGUAACGCCACGACGAGACAAACCGAGAGAGCGCUUGCCGGGGGUUGAAAUUCAAAGCCGCAUCUAAAUACCUCAUGGAACGUAUCAGUCGAGCUCCGAUUCUGUCUUCGCAUGUCGAGCUAGCCUCCCUGCUUUCGAGUGCGUUUGAGAGGGCAACGUAUGUCUCUUGACUUUGAUGCGGUCGC